CUUUUUUCAUCACUUAGCCGUUUAGCACCAGCGCUAAGCCACUAUCAUCAACUCCAUAGCCCUCUCAUACCAUAAACUCCCCUCAUUUGAACGAUGAGCGGCAUCUAUAACACCUUCUGGGGUAAAGACCCUUACAAUCACGAAUAUCGUGCUCCUGGUCCAAACGACCUCAGGAGUCCUUGUCCUUUCUUGAACACGCUUGCCAAUCAUGGAUAUGUCAACCGGAGUGGCCGCUACGUCACUUUGAUCUCCGCAACCUUAGCCAUCCGUGAAGUUUACAACUUUACCCUGAUCACGUCUUUCAUCGUCGCUCUCGCCGGUUGGUUCACGGGUUUGACGCAGGGUUGGAACCCAUUUUGGUUCGAUUUGAAACAACAAAGGAUUCACAAAUCAUAUUUGAUUGAACAUGAUGCUAGUUUGACCCGUGGGAACUGGCCAGAGAACAACUGGGAGCCAAAUCAACAACUCUUCGAGGCGCUUAUCUCCAAAGCUUCGUCCCCUGAUGGACUCUCCCACGAGGAUUUCGCGCAUCAUCGUAUUGAUCAAGAGAAGAAGUUGAGCUAUACACUCAGUCAGCCUAGACAUAUUUUGGCCACGGGAGAGGUUGGAUUGAUCAUCCCCGCGUUGGGAAGGGGGAGCGAUGAGCCCAAGGAGAGGAGGAUAUCGCUUGAUUGGGCACGAUCGUUCUUCUUGCACGCGCGUCUUCCAGAUGAUUGGAAACGUAUAGACAAGACCAUACCUUGGAGCGUGGUGAAUGGUGUUGCGGGCGUUGUGAGGGAUGAUAUGAAAAAGAUUAGAGAUGGAGAGAAAACCAAGUGAAGCGUCCGUGCGGGCGGGGGGAGACUUGUGGGCGGGUGUUGGGGAAUGUAAAUGUUCGAUUUUUCUUAAAUUCUUUUUGGUCAUCGGACUCGAUCAUAGUUUGAAGCUCCAUCCCCCCCUCUCCCUCGACUAGAAACCCUGUUAUCUUUGAUACCUAUGU